AUGGUGAGGCCACAGUAUGAUCAGAUAGUCAGGGCCAUGGAGAUGAUGGCCAUGGCGAUGCAGCAACAGACUGCACAUUUUGCUAGGGUGUAUGCUGAGAGAGCUGCAGCUGGUGCAACAGGAUCUACUGGGUCUCAUGCAAGCAGGGAUAUGGCUGAGUUCAAGAAGUGUAGUCCUCCUCAGUUUAGAGGUGAUGCAGAUCCAGAUGUGGCUGAUCACUGGAUUUGCGAGUUGGAGAAAAUAUUCUCAGUUUUAGGUUGUUCAGAGGAGCGGAAGCUUGCCUAUGCAGUGUAUAUGUUGACCGGAGAGGCAGAGUAUUGGUGGAGAGGUACUAGUCAAAUGAUGAUUGACCGUGGAGUGGUUGUGGACUGGGUGUGCUUCAAGAGGGUCUUCCUCGAGAAGUACUUCCCAGAGAGUGUUAGGCAUGCUCGGGAGGCAGAGUUUAUGAGAUUACAACAGGGGGGAAUGUUAGUAACCGAGUACGCCAUUAGAUUCGAGCAUUUGGCACGCUUCUACACCCAAGCCAUCUCUGAGGCUUGGAAGUGUAGGAAGUUUGCUGAAGAGAAGGCGAAGGUUGUGGAGCGGCUAGAGAGCGUCAGCAAGCCGGCGAAGGCUGUUGGUGGGCUAGCUGGGUCCAAGAGUGGUGGUGGUGCUCAGAGGAAACCUUAUGAUAGGCCCCAACCACAGCAAGGGGGGCCUGCCACAAGGAAACCUAUUGACACAGCUAGGAGUGGGGGUCAGAGUGGAGUUGCUACUAUCAGAUGUUACAGAUGCGGUGGACCUCACUUCAUCCGUGAUUGCCCUCAUACCGAGAGCAAGUGCUUUAGGUGUGGCCAGAUGGGUCACGUGUCGACUAGUUGUCCUGCAGGGAAUUGGUUUAUCCCUAAGGGGGAUGAUGAAUUGUUGAAGUCAUCCAGCCAAGCUGAAGUAGGAGCUGUGGGGGAAUUCUCGAAGGUGUUUUUGGAUGAAGUGUCUGGGUUACCUCCUAUUAGGGAGAUUAAGAUUAGCAUUGAUCUGGUCCCUAGUGUAGGACCAGUGUUGGUUGCUCCCUAUAGGAUGGCCCUAACGAAGUUGGUUGAAUUGAAGUGUCAGGUGGAAGAGUUGAAGAGAAAGAUUGACUACUUCUCCUAUGUUGGUGUUGCCUAA